CAUGUGCAGCUGCCACGCCGUCAAUGAUUGUAUCUACCCAAGGACUGCACUUUCUAUCAUCGUAGAUCAAGACAACAGAGAAUCAGCCGUUGCACGAAAACAUUGACUUGGUAGACUUUGAGGGUUUGAAUACGCUGCCAGAACAUCACCAGCCAUGUCGUCCCGACUCUCUACCCGUGUCAGUAUACGCUGGGUGCCUGGAGAGCCGUCGGAGCCCACAGACACGUUGGUCAUGAGUGUAGGCGGCUGGUAUGUCGAUCUUCGUAUUACAAAGUCGGAUGGAUCUAUCGACUGGGCGAUGGCUGGAGAGAGACUCAUCUUGUCUCAAGAGCCUCUCACUUGCCAAUGGACGCAUUGGAUCGAUUCGAGGGGAUACACGGAACCUGAUGUAGGUAGCUUCAAGCCUGGGUCAGAAGCCACGGACAGCGUCGAGACGGGGAGCAUGGUAAAUCCCGAAACCAACCAGUUGACUCCAUAUGAAGAAGUCUGGAGGACCUUAUCUGCAUCAUCUACCGACACCUUUGCCUUUGCAUGGAUACUUCGUAGCACGGACGGAAAGACAUUUCUUGGGAGAGUGGGAGGUGACUUCUUGGGCUUGAAGGGAGGGGAAGAAGGGCCGGUAGGAGCGAAGGGAUUCUGCGCGAGGAGAGAGAAAUGGGAUCAAGGACGAGCUUGCUGGAACACCGAGCAUGAGGCCGGAAACAUGACGAGAAUUGAUAGUCUACCCAAAAUGGCGCAGGGCAAGGACUUCGAGUGGGAACCAAGCUGCAAGAUAGGUGACACUGUCGACGCGUUCGGAGGCAAAUAUGUUGUCUGUGCGAUCGAAAAGCUUGCUUGAAGGGUCCGACUACGAAUCUUUCUUGUCGAAAAUACAACAAGUAGUUGAUAGUCCGUGGUCGUCACCGUUACAAAGGUGGGCAAGGUGUGUUUA